UUGAUCUACCUUCAAAUCACGUUAGAGGUCGACACUAUACGUAUUUCCUUUUCCGUCUUCUUCCUGGCAGCCAAAGAAGCAAGAUGGCUGUCCGACCACUUGUUAAGCUAAGAAAUGUACACAAACGAAACAAGAAGUUUAUUCGUCACCAGUCGGACCGAUAUGACAAGGUCAAGCAAAACUGGAGGAAACCCAAGGGUAUUGACAACAGAGUGAGGCGACGCUUCAAGGGACAGUUCAAGAUGCCAAACAUUGGUUAUGGAACUGCCAAGAAGACAAGGCACUUAAUGCCCGAUGGUUUCAGGAAGUUCCGUAUUCACAAUGUCAAGGAGCUUGAAGUACUGUUAAUGCAGAACAGAACCAUUGCUGCCGAAAUAGCACAUAAUGUAUCCAGUAGGAAGAGGAAAGAAAUUGUUGAGCGUGCCCAGCAGUUGUCCAUCAAAGUGACCAAUCCAAAUGCCAGGUUGAGGUCUGAGAACAACGAGUAAAGAAGGUGUACAAUAAAAAAAAAAGACAUAAA